CACAUAUAAAUCAAAAUUGUUUCAAAAUACUCGUGUAUCUUCACAUCUCUUAACAGCAAAGUUAAUGUCAUGUCUAUUACUUAUGCCUUGAUGAGCUACCCUGGUGAUGUGGACCAGGCAAGAGUAGCCGAGCGCAGACACCAUCCCCAACCCCCCUAUGUGUAUAUUUUUUUUAAUACUUUGUGAGGAAAAACUGUCAACCAUAUCCAAAGUGCAGGACCAAAGAGAAGUAAAUAAUGUAUGCUUUUGUUAGAUUCUUUGAAGACGAUAUGUGCUACGCGUUGCCCGUUUCAAAUGUGGAAGAUUUCAGACCUCUGCACAAAACAGAUUUUGAUAAUCAGAAGGUGUAUCUGGUUCACAGAACUGAAGAGAAUGGCAGCGCAGGCCAGCCGUGCGAAGCACAGAUCCUUGCCCUUGCAGAUACAGUAGAGGAAUUUGAAGACAGUAUAAUGCAAAAGAAGAUGAAAAUUCCCAAGAUGUCCAUCAAGAAUUCAGGAAACUCGAUUGAGAACAAUUUUGGAGAGGAGAGAAUGCCACUCAGGCAUAAAAAGGCCCUGUCUCAGGACCAUGGACGCCCCCUUUCCAACUCCUCCAAGAGCCUGGCCGCAGUAGUGGCUCGCCUGGAGAGAAAUGCAGCCAGCUCCUGUAUGGAGGGCGAAGAGGAUCUGGAUGAGGACCGGUUGGCCGAGGAGGGCGAGGAUGCGGAUGACGAAGAUGAUGAUAUGGAGGCAGAGCAUCAGCAACAUUAUCACCAGCAGCAACAACAGCAUUUGGAGGUGGACACGGAUUGUGUGUCUGGUGUAGCUGCAGCAGUGGUUCCAAGAGUCCUGUACGAGGAGCUGGUUCAUAGCUACAGGCAACAGGAGGAGGAGAUGAGGAGGCUGCAGCAGGAGCUGGAGAGAACCCGCAGGCAGCUGGUGCAGCAGGCCAAGAAGCUGAAGGAAUAUGGCAGCUUGCUGACAGAAGUCAAAGAACUGAGGGACUUCAACAGGAGGCUGCAAGACGUACUUCUCAUGAGAUUGGGCAGCGAGCCUAUGCAUGACAACGGCACUCAGACAAUCAAGGCUGAAGUGGUUGAACCCAUUGUUGAGGCCCAGGAGACAUGCAGAGAAGAAGCCAACACCAGUUCGAGCUACUCACCCUCACCCAGAACAGUAUAUACCUGCAAUGAUGGAAAGGUGCACCUCGGUGGAGGGAUCUGGGUGGAGGAGGAGAAGUGGCACCAGCUGCAGCGCACCCAGGGAGACUCCAAAUUCACAAAGAACCUAGCUGUAAUGAUCUGGGGCACAGAAACCCUCAAGAACCGUAGUGUCACUGGAGUGGCCACCAAAAAGAAGAAAGAUGCCCUGCCUAAACCUCCACUGUCACCCAGCAAACUGAAAAUCGUCAGAGAGUGUCUCUACGACAGAGUGUCUCAAGAGACAGCCGACAGUGCAGAGAUUACGCAGAGAUUGUCCAAAGUGAACAAAUACAUUUGUGAAAAGAUAAUGGACAUCAACAAGUCCAUCAAGAACGAGGAGCGGCGAGAGUCCAAGCUGCUCAUCAGACAGACAGUCAAGAUGGAAAACUUCACCUACGAUGGCAUGUAGUGAUCAACCGUUGUCACGCCAGCGCCUUCUGCCCCCCUGGUGGUCUGCAGGAUAUUGAGGGGACCUGAUAUGGGUGGUUGGGGGAUGUUUGUCACAGUUUCAGCAGCAGUUGUUUUACUUUGGCACACUGAAUUGGUUAUUAUGUGAAAAGAAAAAGAGCCCUUCCCAGCUCCCUGUAGAGCAACCAUCACCCACCUCAGUGUCCAGUGUUCCCAUUGGCUGACAGACAGCUUUACCCACUAGUGAGAAAUUAACAUGUGUGAACUAGUUUGAUAUGAGCUGGUAUGAGUGUUUUUAUAAGCUUUACAGUGGGAUUGGUACAGAGACAUGGUUUAUUGACGUGUGUGCAUUUGUGUCAAAGGAGAGAUAAGAUGUGAUUGUUAAAUUGAUUUAUUGUUCUGUGUCAGAACAUAGCUUUUGAGUCCUUAAACUUUUAAAAAGUAAGGUUAUUUCCCUAGAUAAAGUCUUCUGAUGAUGAUGCUAGCUUGCAUUAGAUAUUAGCGACGUGAACGGUUGAAUAUUAUGGAGACUACCCAACAACUGCUGGGAAUCUUGAGUGUUUGCUGUUGGUACUUAUUGCAUAAAAUGCACAAGUCUUAAUUGGUAACAGCCAUAUUGCAUUUUGCAGCAGAGAUUCUGUUGCUCCAAGAGAUUAAUUAUAAGUGUGCGCGCCCCCUUCACUGUAGGUCAAACACAACACAUUGCUUUAUUAGAAAGACGGCUCACAGAGGUUAAAUGGGAAGCGUGACUCAUAUGUAGUCCAUAGAGUGCUGUGUUUGUUUUAUUUUUUUAAUUUUGACCUUUUAGUUAUGAGCAUUUGCCGUCAAUGAGAAAGGUUCGGAUGGAAUAUUCCUGAGUUCAUCUUAAUCAAACAUGUCACUUUCAGACGAUCUGACUGUUUAAUGAGUUUUAGUGGUACAGGCACGUCGAUGCCUAGAAAGGCCUUAAAUGGAUUUGGCAAUCACCAGGGGCUGGUAUGCCUCUGGAUUUUCUAGUAAGCUGUGAUUGUAAAUGUAUAUUAAGCUGAAGCGACGAAGCUUCGCCUGCACUUUGCUGUGAGAAUGUGAGAGGUGGCUAGGUACUAUUUUCUGUGUGAUUCACACCAUUAAGUUGAGCUGAGCCGGGCUGCUUGCUACCACCCUAUCCCCUUCCCUUCUUGUGGUUUAAAGGGACAAUGUGGGGAAGAAAAUCAGGGCGCAGCUCUGCACGGCUCAGGUCAUCUUCAUGUGGAAGCAGUGUUAGCUGUGGGUAAAGCUGUCUGAAACACUAUUGUGCUGUUUGAAGUCGUCUGGGCCUGCUGAACCCCAUAAUAACCCCCUCUUUUUUAAGCCACGCCACUGGGGAACAAAGUAAGGUCGCUCCAGUGACGGUUUCCUCUGAGCUAUGCCAUCAGAACUUUGAAAAUGUCCUCUUUUUUUCUGGUAUGUUUUUUUUUUUAUGUUUUUUUUUUCUCUCCAGUUGUUUUAUUGUUUUGAUCCAAAAUGGUUUGUGUGGCUGUCUGCAGGCUGGAACUAAAUGCUGCAGAUUGAAAUCUCAACUGUGACCUAGCUGUGGCUAACUGUGAAUCUGCUGCAGAGCUGCCCAUCAAGCCUCUCUCCUCUUCAUACUCUAGAUUCUCGUUUGUCGGUUGGUUUAUUUCUGUCUAUCAUUUUGUCUGUCUCGGGUUUUUUUUUUUUUGUUCUUUCAAAAGUUCAGAUCAGCCUUUCGUUAAGCUACCUUAUGUUUUGGAGAUAUUUUAGUGUACAUAAAACUUUUUUUUCCAUCAAACAUUUUCAGUUUCUAGUCAUGUUACAGUUUUAAAGGUUCUCGUCACAUUUUGGUUUAUCUGAUUGAUGUUGUAAUUCCAUGUUACCUGAAGAUUUUAAUGUAUUUCUUUUUACACUUUUUUUUUUUCAUAUGAAUUGUUGGCUUUAAGCUUGAUGUUGUAUCCAAAUGUAGAUCAGUGGAAUCUACAAGCAAAUGAAAAAAAUAUCUCCCCUUUUUUAGCCAAAGUGAUCUCUGUGGAACAAGAGAGAUUUGGCUUCCCUUAACAGAGCCCACACAUUAAGCUACAUUCACAACAUUCGAUAUAUAAUAAGCCUCACUUAGGAUCUACCUUCUAAUAAUCUGCCACAGUAAGAUGACAAUUUGUAUCGUUAAACCAUUGUACCUAAUUGAGAUGCAGUAGUUAGAUCAACACAAACCAUUUACAUUGAAUGCACUUUAAACUUCUGGGCAAUUUCUUCAAUCUUAAAGAAAUGUAUUUGUGGUAUUUGUCCUUUUUUAAAUGUCUAUAUAGAUAAAGCCUAACAAUCAUUGUAUUAUCAUGAAGCACCUUAGAACAUUCUUGGUUUAUUGUUUUGUUUUUUUUAUGGCAAGAAUGAGUUGUGGGAUAUAAUUUUGUUUGCUGAGUCAGAUAUGCCCCUGACAUACCAAUGCUCCAAAACAAGCUUGAUAGAUUCAAUACUUCCAGCUACUACUUGGAAGUGCUACUACUUCAGAAUCUGCAAUUCUUUGAAGAAUUUUUCAGGGUGUUUAAAAAAAAAUAGAUUACACGGCCUCAUGAACAACAAAUGGCUUACUUGGCAAAUUGACAAGCAAAAGUCAAAAACUUUUCUUGGCUUUCAAGCCUGAAAAUUCAUCAAUCUAAAGAUAUUUACCUAUGAAAUGUGCAAGCUGACUGGAAUAUGUGCUUUAACUUAAUGUGUGAAGAUGCUGGUUAUGCAUUGAUAUGACUUAUAUAUAGAUACUUGUGUAUUUUUUAAAAACGAGUGGUAUUUGUAAGCCAAAGUAUUGAAUGCUGAGAUCAAGCUAAAGAAAUUGGGUGCUGACUGAGAAAUCAGCAGGGUUUGCACAAAAGAUGGCCCAUGCCAAGGUAAUCAAGCCUAGAGAUCUUAAGACACCAAAAUGGUGACGUUAUUGCUUUUUUUUUUUUUUUGGUUUCCGAAAAAAUAUCCCUCUCUCUGUUUUUUUCCCUGUACAAAGCAACAUGUGAGGUUUACGUGCGCUAGCAUGUAUUUGAAAUACAUGCGGUUAAAAAGAAAGAAAAGAUUUCUGCUGUGCAAAGCAACCAUGCUGAAAUUCUGACACAUUGUCGUGUGUUGUGUUUGUGUUUGUUUCUUUGUUGUUUGAUGCCAAAAGGGGGUGUGGUUAAAAUAAUGCUUUAAGAUGGAGCAUUACUAGAGCUAUUACAUCAUCUGAAACUUCUUUUCAAAAGGCUGGUUUCCUGGAGUGCGAUUAAGCCUAAUCCUUUAACUAAAACCAUCUUUCCUGGAUGAAAGCUGUAUGGAAGUGCUGUAUGUUUUUAACCCAGAUUUGGUUUAAUCUGUGAUAGCAAGGCCAAUCUCUAUCAAAUCUACCAAGUCACUUGCAGACGAGCAGUUUGGGUUUUAGCAGCGUAUUAGUAACAUACAACAGCAGAGCCAUUCAUGGAUGCUACAGGCUAGUUUGGCUCUGUGAACACAACACCAGACCUUCCAGUACUGUCACUGUCACACUCAAGUAGCGAUAGGGAGGAAAUGUAACCUCGCUGGCUCUGUGAUCCUCUUCCUGUGCCACCUCUAGUUCCUUACUCUCCUGUCAUUUAUAUGGACUGGAUUUUAAAAAUGCACAUGUAUCAAGAUAAUGGCAAAUCCUGUCCUCAUCGCUUGGUGUUUUGGCUUAUGUUGUGAACUCCUGUCAAAGCUUUAGAAGUGAGGCAGCUUUAUGUUGCUUUUUGACAGUUUGAUUGGGAGAAAGAGUUCAAACUUCACUGUGUGGAACAAGAUAAAUGGCUUCAUCUUGCAGUUUUCACAACAAAAGUGUACACAAAACACGCUACUGUUUGAGCCUCAGAUACAAUGUCAAACUUACUUCAAAUGAGAAAAAAAAACGGGAGGAACACAUUGUUGGGCCUAUAUUUUUCUUAAGGUAUCAGUAACUUUGUAUACAAUCCACAAACCGGUUCUACUUCAUCUAACUUCACCGUCCUACCUCAUUGUUACUCUGGUGUUUGUUUGUCAGUGACUGUAAACUAUGUGUGUAUAUUAAAAAAAAAAUCUAUAGGAAAGGUAUACCUGGUUACUCUCAACAUGUACAGCAUAUAAAACUUGUAAAACACCUCAGUACACAAUAUCAUUCUUAGGAGAAAUCAGUUUUAUUACCUGCUUAAAGAUGCUGCUGUAAAGGGGUGUCUGCGUGAGGGGUCGUCUCUGAAUAUAUAUCUUCGCUCUUUGCUAUGUCGUGCAGUUGAUCAGUGGUUGUGUUCUGUCUCUGUAUUGCAUUCUGAGAUUUUUACUGGUUGACGGUGCUACCAGCAAACAGUUCAAAAACUGAUCUGUCUAUCGGACCUCAAAUGGUGCUGUUUUUCUAUGUUUUUAUCCUCAUACAGCUAUGUUUUAUUCAGGUGUGUCAACCGCCACUAUCCCCUCAGCUAAUCAAAUUUUAAGCCAAAAUAGUUCGCAAAAUGAUAACCCUGCUAUUACUGUAUCAACUAUAUGCUAUCCAUCCAAAUAUUGUAGAUAGUGAUUAUAUCCUCAGCUGUGAGUUUCAGAAGUACCUCAGAACUUACUGAUUUUCAAUGGAUGCAUCUGCUUCUAGCACCUGUUGUCUACCAAUAUCACAUUGUUGCAGUGUAUUUUCAGAAAUAUGCAUUUUUACUGGUUAGAUCAGGUUUCACUAUACAUAGGACAUGAUUAUUAGAUUACACUCAGAUGACCGAUACAUUUAAAGGAUA